AUUUGGCUGAGGUGUUGCCUUCCGAAAUCAUGCUGCGCCUCGCCCUCGCUGCCCUUGUACUAGCAGUAACUUCAGCUGACUUUAAUGUAUUGAAGUCUCCUCGAUACCCAAUAUUCCAAGAGGGAAAUUGGCCUGUUCCUGGUGACAGGAUUCCAGAUGUCAUCUUGUUGUCAAUGGGGUUUUCUGUGGAAGAGGAUCUGUCCUGGUCUGGCUUAGGAGUGGGCAACCUUUUCCAGCGCCCACGUGCUACAGUUCUCGUGACAGUUACUGGAGUGAAUAAGCUGCCACUUUCUGGAAAUGGAAUAUCCUAUCCUGUGGAAAAUGCUGUGCCAUACAGUGUUGACAGCGUUGUAAAUUCUAUUCAUUCUGUGUUUUCUGAAGAAAUGCCAGUAGUUUUGCAGCUUGCCCCCAUUGAGGAAAGAGUUUACAUGGUUGGAAAAGCUAACACUGUGUUUGAGGACCUAGCAGUUACUUUGCGACAGCUACGGACCCGCCUGGAACAAGACAACUCUGUAAUUCAGUCCCUACCUGUUAGCUCUUUGUAUAGAAAUGAUGAGACCGACAGGCUGUUCCUAUCUGAAUUACAAGUACUACAAGAUAUUGUAACUCUGCUGUCUGGGCACAAGCAUUUAGCCAAAGAUAAUGUCCCGGAUGUUUAUUCCCUGGAACUUACUGGUUUAGAAGAGAUCAAGAAACGUUAUGGAGAGGACUCUGCACAGUUCAAAGAUGCAGUCCAAAUUCUGUCUGACUCUCUGGAAAAGUUUGCAGAUGACAUGUACAGUUUUUAUGGAGGAAAUGCUAUAGUUGAAGUUGUGACUGUUGAAUCCUUUGAAAUUCCCUUAGUGCGGAGGAGUCGGUCAAUUCUCGCAUCAGAAGCUAUUAGCAAUCCUGGCAGCCCUUAUAAUCUUGCUUACCAGUACAACUUUGACUAUUCAGUUAUCUUCAACAUUAUCCUAUGGAUUAUGAUUGGACUGGCUCUGGCAGUGAUUGCAAUCUCGUACAACCUUUGGAACAUGGAUCCUGGUUAUGAUAGCAUUAUUUACAGGAUGACCAACCAGAAGAUCAGAAUGGACUAAAAUUCCUCAUUUGUUCUACUGCAAAAUUAGAUCCCACAUUUUACCUUAUGUGUGUUGUAAAUGAGAUUUAGGCUGUCCCUGGUAUGUAUAAGGUUAAAAGAGAGCCAUUUUAAAAAGACAAUAGAACAGCACCUUGAUGUUAAUAUUUAUUUUAUGUUGAAAAAGGUCUGUUUUAUUAUAACAGAGAGUAGACUUUACUGCCCCUACAAAAGUAAAGGUUCAUGGGCGAGAAAUGGAAGCUUGUGACAUUCAUAUUCAGGUACCUUAUUCAUAGCUAAGUAAAAUGAGGGUAACUUGAGCUCUACAGAAUUCCAUCCUUCUUAUUGUCAAUUCUACUGUAAGGAAAAGCCAUUAGCAUUGCAUUUAUGGAAAAAGAUCAAAGAGGUCAUUUACUUUAAGGGGUGGUUUACCUUUAAAUUAGCUUAUAUUGUGAUGUAUACAUUCACAUUCUACGUGAUGUUUUUGUAUUAUUUAGCUUUUUAUUCAGCAGCUAGCUCUUCAUUGUGGAAUGUAAUUAAUCUGGUUGCUAGGGUUCAGCUUACACCAGUAACCAACCAGGCAGUGGUUUGAAUUUGAGACUGUAGGAUGAAAAGGGGAGGCCUGAGUAGAAAGAUAAGUGAUAAAAAAAAAAA